AUGGCAGAAUCCUCCAGUGAUUCAGACUGCUUCCGCCAUCAAGACCAGUUGAGUCGAUGGUGUAUAAGGCCAACUCACAGGGGAACGAGAAAUCACUCCACAGCAGAUGUAACCGAGAAGGUCAACACUAUCACAAGUACUUUACAGGACACCAGCCGGAACCUGCGGCAAGUGGAUCAGAUGCUUGGACACUAUCGAGAGUACAGUAAUGAACAGGCGGGGGCUAUAGAACAUUUAAAAGAAAGUUUGGAACAAUCAAUUGGCCAACUGCGGAGCCAACGUUUAUUAAGAAACCCAGGAGGGAGAAGCAUUUCUGUUACAAGUUUGAGUACAAGUGACCUCGAUGGUGGCCCUGCCUCAGAGAGCCGCCGCUUUCUACCUACCUCACCUCUCAAAGACUAUGGGGAUCCUCAAGUUAGUAAACCAGGGAGGCCCAGACCAUCCGGUGUGCGGUUUGUUGGGGAGACUGAGGAUGUGAACCAGCUUCAUGCUUUGCAUCAGUCCCUUCGCGACCUCAGCAGUGAGCAAGUUCGUCUCGGAGAUGAUCUCAACAGGGAGUUUUCAAGAAGAAGCCGGUCGGAUGCUGAAACAAAAAGGGCUUUGGAAGAACUGACUGAAAGACUCAAUUUCCAGAGACAAGAAGUGGUUUCAGAUCGAGUAGAGCGGCGGCUUCAGGAAAUAGAAAGAGAGAUGCGCAUAGAAAGAGAGUUGGUGGAAAAACGUCAGGACCAACUGGGGCUUAUGUCCUUGCAGCUACAAGAGGCACUGAAGAAACAAGAAGGUAAAGCAGAAGAGAGUGAGGGAGAAAUGAAAAAUAAGCUCAGACAAACGGAAACUGAGAGAAUCCAACUUGAACAAGAGUUGGAGCUAUCUAGACGGUUAUUGAAUCAAUCAGAAGGCAGCAGAGAAACACUGAUGAACCAGAUCGAAGAGCUACGGGCACAGUUACUAAAAGCAGAAGGUGAUCGAAAGGGUUUACAACAUCAAGUGUCUCAGAUUUCCAGGCAGCAGUCCAGCCAUCAGGAGGUGCAAGCCGAUGACUGGAGGCUUAGGAGAGGAGUUGAGCGAGGAAAACAGGAUCUGGAGAAGCAGAUGUCAGAUUUGAGAGUGCAGCUGAACUUGAAUGCAAUGGCAUCCGAGUUAGAAGAAGUGAAGCGAUGCAUGGAGCAAAAAGACAGGGAGAAAGCUCACUUGGCAGCUCAAGUAGAGAACUUAACAUGUGAAUUGGAGCACAGGGAGAAACAGCAGCUGCAGAUGUUGGAUCGACUUAAGGAGAUCCAGAAUCACUAUGAGACCACUGAGGCCGAGCGCAAGCGAGCUGGAGUCCAGAUCUCAGAGCUGACGCUCCACGCAGAGGAUGCCACCAGGCAGGCGGAGCGGUACCUCAGUGAGUUCCAGCAGUCGGAGGCCCGGCGGGAGGAGGCGGAGAAGAGGAGGGAAGAGCUGAAACUGAAAGCCCAGGAGACCAUCAGGCAGUGGAAGCUUAAGCACAAGAAAUUGGAGCGAGAGUGGGAGAAACAGUCAGAAACUCUUGGUGAAUUGACAGACAAGAAUAACCAGAUUCAAAAAGAAAAAGAUGACUUGAAAAGCCAGCUUUAUUCUGCACUGCAACAAAUAGAUAGUCUUCGGAAGGAAUUGAAUGAUGUGUUAACCAAGCGAGCUCGUCAGGAGGAAGAGCUUCACUGUAAGGACAAUAAACUGAGUGAAAUGAAGACUCACCAGGCUGGUCUUGAACAAGAAAUCAAGGAUUCCCUGGACACCAUACACCGGCUCGAAAGUGACUUGAAAAAGCAGAGUAAGAUACAAAGCCAGAUGAAAGCCGAGAAGACUCACCUGGAGGAAGAAAAUGCAGAGCUGAGGAAGAGCAAGGCCGAAGGGGCAGCCCGCCUCGUGGAGAUGCAGGAGUCAGUCAAGGACUUGAGUGCCAUCCGAGCCGAUCUCGCCAAUAAAUUGGCCGAGGAAGAGAAAGCCAAGAGAGAGCUGCUUAGGGAACUUUCUGAGCUCAAGACGCGGGAGAAGUCCAGGGAGGAUGAGACCGUUACCAUCAUCAAGCAGUUAAAGCUAGAGCGAGAUGUUCACCGCAGGGAGCUGGAAGAUCUCACAUCAUCACUGCAGAGCGUGAAAACGAAACACGAGCAAAACAUCCAGGAGCUGAUGAAGCACUUUAAGAAGGAAAAGAGUGAGGCUGAGAGUCAUAUUAGGACACUGAAGGCAGAAAGUAUAGAAGAUAAGAAUAUAGUUAAAACUCAUCUCCGGCAGCUGGAGAAGGUGAAAUCACAGUGUGACAGGCUGACCAAAGAAUUAGCCCAGAAUGAGGAAGAGCACAGAAAACUGAAGAUAAAGUAUCAGUGUGUGAAGGAUCAGCUAGAAGAAAAGGAAAGACAUUUAACCAAUGAAGAAGAGACCAUGAGAAAGAUGGAAGAGUCCAGAUUGCAACUCAAGGAUCAGCUGCUUUGUCUGGAGACUGAACAAGAGUCCAUUUUUGGCAUGAUAGGAAAGGAAAUUGAUACAGUUUGUAAAAUCUUCUGGAAGGACCCAGAGAAAUUAAAAGUUUUUUCGUGCCUUCCUGAUAUACAUCAUGACCCACAUCGCUGGUUAGCAGAAAGCAAGACUAAACUUCAGUGGCUCUGUGAGGAACUGAAAGAACGAGAAAACCGAGAGAAAAAUCUACGGCACCAGCUGACACUGUGCAGACAGCAGCUCAAGUUCCUGACUGACAACAAGGAAUCUGAGCUCCAGUAUCUCUUCGAGCAGAUAGAAAGACAGGAGCAUCUUCUAGAAGAAAUACAUCGGGAGAAGAGAGAUCUGCUGGAUGAGAACUACAAGAAAGAUGAAGAAAUGGAGUGUCUGCAGGACCGGGUAAUUGCGUUAGAAACGAGUACCCGAGUGGCCUUGGACCAUCUGGAGUCUGUGCCAGAGAAACUGAACCUACUAGAAGAUUCCAGAGACUUCAGAGAUUCCUGUGGUUUAUCCCAGAGGACUGAUGGGAGAUAUUCUAAAUACAAAGUGCCAAGAGAUUCUCUUCAGCUGCACCGAGAUGACGCCAAGUACAGAAUCAAAAGCUUCAAAGAGGACAGAAGGCUGGUGGAGGGCAGGCAUACUCGUCAGUUAGAUCACUCAUUCUCUUGGCAGGACCGCAGUAGCUUCCUGUCCAGUCCACGAGUUUCACACAUAAACUGUAAGUAA